AUGUCAAUACAUGUGAUUGGAAAGGCAGUGGAUAAGUUUGCGCCAUUAAGGAAAGCGAAGACAAGCUGGGACAAUGUCGGUGUUCUUGUGGAUUGUGGAAGUGAGGAUGCAAGGGUCCUGUUGACAAUAGACCUUACAGAGCCUGUACUGAAUGAAUGCAUUGAAAUGGGGAUCAGGAACAUACUGGCAUAUCAUCCUGUAAUAUUUGCACCAUUGAAGAAGCUUGACUUGAAGGAAAAGAUUGUUGUUGAGUGCAUCAAAAACAACAUCAAUGUAUUUUGCCCGCAUUCUGCACUGGAUAGAAUGAUGAAUGAGUAUGUAUACAGAAUGAUGAAUGAUGGAUCAUUCUAUCACAAAAAAAACUACGGGCCAAACACUUCAACAAUAGAAAGUGCGAUUCGAGUUCUCAAGGAGAAAAGCGGGCUGCAAUGCCUUCGUGUGUGCAUGGCAAGAGCGCAUACAAUGAGCACUGUGCCAGAAACGAUGUAUGUUGGGGUUGGAGCAACAUUCAGGCACACGAUAAUCAAGAGAUCGAUUGUUAUUACCGGAGAGAUGUCACAUCACGACCUUCUUGCAUGCAUUGCAAACGAGACAAGCGUCAUACUUAUGGAGCAUAGUAACAGCGAAAGAAUAUGCCUGGAGUAUAUUGGCACGAAGUUAAAAUCAGAGCUUCCUGAAUACGAAGUGUAUAUUUCAAAGAGGGACGUGGAUCCAGUGACGAUAGUAUGA